GAAUCGCUUUUCUCCUCUGCACGGCAACCGGCUCGAUCGAGUUCUACGCCGAGUUCAUAGCGAGAGAUUUUCGAGGGCCUCAAGGCAAGGUCAUCGUCUGGGGAGUCUCGCACGCCGGUCACGGCCCCCCCAAGCCCAUGCAGAUACCCAACGUAGAAGACCAUCCGACACUGUACUCCUGCGAGGGUCAGAUCGGCCACAAGAUGUCCUUCAUCAAGCAGUACAUUCCGAGUGGAACGCCGCUCUUCCUGGUCGGGCACUCCAUCGGGUGCCACAUGGUCCUCGAGAUACUCAAGAGGGCCCCAGACCUCAAUGUGCUCAAGGCGUUCCUGCUUUUUCCGGCCAUCGAGAGCCUGGACUCGUGUCCCCGCGUGAGCAUCAUCAACCCCCUGGUCACCUACCUGCGGCCUCUGACCGUGGCCUCGCUGUCCGCGCUGCGGUUCCUACCGCGCACUGUGCAGAACAUGCUCAUCCGCUUCUACAUCUACCUCGCCACCUCGUGCACAACGCCGCACCGGACGUCGCUGAGCGGCGCGCAGAACUACUUCCGGCCGGAGUGCCUCAUGGCCUGCUUCGUGUUCACGCGCGACAUCAUACAGAACGUGCGCGAACGGGACGACGCCACCAUCGGGCGGCACGCGGACAAGCUGGUCGUGUACUACGGCCAGAACGACCACUGGAGCCCCGUCGAGUACUACGACAACCUGCGCAGGACGUUCCCCGAGGCGGACGUGCGCCUCUGCGACCGAGGCUUCCGGCACGCCUUCGUACUCGACUGCAGCGUCGACGUUGGCAACAUGGUGCGCGGCUGGAUCGAGCCGUUCCUGCCUAGCUAGCGGCGUGUGCGUGCACCUCUCGAACUGUUGCUUCGUUUUUUAUGUCGCGCGCAUUGAAAGGUGUGACAUGCUGUCCCGUUUAUUUGCACCUCUGGACACAUAAGAGUGGCAAAGGUUACACGAUAACUGAAGCGGUUGUUAAUUAAAGCCCCCGAGAGAGGUAAGCUAUAAUUUGCGGAAAGCUGCGGUAGGAGCAUGGAUGAAGCCAUGGUUGUCACCCUGUAACUGGCGGUACAGCGUCCCUAUCGCCCCAUGGCAAGCGAACAUCGAGAACGGAACUGCAACGGAUGCUUUGCAAUGAUGAGGAAAUCAGACAGCGUGGAACUUGACGAUGAUUUUGUUAGGCCUGGUCGUAAACGUCUGGCUGCUUCUGUAAAUAAUGGAUCCCAGAAGAUAGUGUAAUACGUUGGCGCUGUUGAAAACAAGUCCCAAGUCUUUGUCCAAGGACCCGCGAUCACGUCAGAUCUUUUUAUACUUUAGCCGUGCCGACCGAGGUCAGAUAUUAUCGGUCAGUGAUAUGGCGGGAACGCGUUUUCGAUUGACCAAUUAUGGCGAUAUUCCAGACGACGUGCGUUGAUCAAAUAAGCAAGCCCGCCUUAACUUUGUUGCUCCAAUAAGACGUCGCACUGGCGUGACUUCAUUGAAGCGUGCAAUUAUCCCCGGAAUAGAUCGGUUGAGUUUGUGCAUCGAGUUGGACAAACAGAACAGCUCAGCCAGCAGUUCGUACGUGGACGUUUUGCACCAUCUACGUUGACGAUAAACAAAGUCCUGAGUUUAGGCAAUAAUUGCAAACGUGUAUUAUUUCCUUUUUCAUCCUUCCUGAUGAGCGUUCUACACCACGGACGUGAAUGUUGAGAGUUGGUACUAUUUUAUUUUUUUAUGACAGCCACAAAAUAACAACACUUCGACAAUUUCACCUCGCGGUUGCUUAUCAACUAUCAUCGCUGCCCUUGCUUUAUCUCUUACUUUUUACCUUAAACACGCCAAUCAUAAAGGAAACUAGGCUGAUCCAACACUCCGUGCAAUCACCUUGAGCAUAACUUACGCGUCCACUUGUCACACCUGGUACCAACUAUUUGCUGCAUGUUACUAAUACCAUUACCAUUUUUGCCGCCACCACAUCUACCCACUAAACCUCCUCUCCACAACUCAACCACCACUACCACCGCUGCUAUUCCACACCACAUUGCCUAGCCUCUAGAUGCUACAAAGAAAGAGUCACGUUAAGGGUAACUUCCCCAGUAAAGCAAUCCCAUUAUUGACCCUAGUGCAAUUAAAUGUGUGAAGGAGCGUGUACAUCGAUGAAAGGUAGCUGCGAGCGUGUAAUUUAAUAUUUUAUACGCUCGCACUUUUCGUAAUUAAACACUAUUUCUGCCACAUAUCAUGGUAUUUUCUCACUGCACCGGUAGGAAGCUUGAUUCAGUCAGUGUCCGCCUUGCAUUAAUCAUCUGCUACCGUUUAUCGCUUUGUCUUUACGUCCGAUUCUACUUUCUAAUAAGGUCAAGGCAGGCUUCAGUUUAGAUAUUACACAUACUUCGAUUGCUUCUAUUUUCGAGACUCCUUCGGGUUUUCCGUUGCUUUCUUUUCAACAAUGUCCAUCCGUCAUUCGUUUUACGCACCACCAGAUGCGCUGAAGUAAUUAUUUCCCGAGAUGAAUACGAUAUUAUAGUCGGUUACCAAAGAAUAAAUAUAAGCUCCACUCUCAAAACCACGGUGCGCUUGUCCGUCACGUCUGUAACAGCUGUACCAGAUAGUUUGCGGUCGAACCGCAAGUACUUAUGCAAAUACUAGACGUAAUUAAGUUUGUCUUUUCUGAGUAAUAUUACGUUUGCCCGAGUACUGUCAGAACGUCUAAUAAAAUUUGUCAGGACGUUCAAGUUCGUCUACUCGUAAAACCAGUGACAUGUCUCUGUGUGAAAAAAUUCGACUAUCUCGGCUAUCUUCAGCACGCAAAAGUUCAUGACGUCGCGAAAAUGAGCGAGCGUGAUUGGUUGGUGCAUGUACGCAAAUUACUUUUGCGUUGAACGGCGUUGCCUGUGGGCGGAGCUUAUAUUCAUUAUUCGGUUGUAUCCGACUAUAUGCUUACUCAAAGUGUAGGGACAGUAAAAUACAUUUUAGUACCGUUGUCAAACAAUAUAGGCUAGUGACCACUCUUUCUUCUGCAAACCUUCCAACUGUUGUAUGUACCAUCACGCAGUUCUACCUGUUGAUUAUGCUAAGUAGUGAUGAUAUUGUUUCGAUAUGAUUGUCUCCUCGUAAGUGCUUUAAUCGACUCAGAAAUUUUGGCUGCGUGGUUUCAUCUGUUGUAUCUAAAACGUUGAUCCGACCUUCAUCUUCUAAUUAAAAAAAAAAUUCCCUCGUUUUGCAUCAUCAGCGGACGGUAUUCGGUGGUAUAGUCAUUCUUUUCGUAAAAACAGCAGCUUUGUUAGCUAAUUCAUAAAACACAGAUGCGAUCCAAGCGCCGUGAGCCGAGUUCUUUCUUCUUCGAUUCGCGUUUUUCUUUUCUUUUUUUUUCUACGCUAAAAAUGGCGUAUUCGAAGAGUUUAUCGGUCACGCAACAAUAAUCGCCAUCUAUCUCGCAUGAUUUUCUUGAGUUAUCACCACAAUCCCGGUACUUCCUGGUUAGGAACAGCAUGCGGUAAUCAUCGUAACAGGGCAUCCUUGGUGGUCGAAAUUUCCGGAGCCCUCGAUUACGGCGUCCCUCAUAAUCAUAUUGUGGUUUUGGGACGUUAAACAACAACAAUUAUUAUUAUUAUUAUUGUUGUUACGGGGAUUAUUUAUUCGGCAAGCACUGGUCAAGCUAACACUGCACACAGUGCACAGGAACGCAGGUCAAAGGCAGCUCCAGGCUCUGCCCCACAGCAGCAACGUCGUCGUCGUCUUCAUCCAUCCGGUAUCAAUGCGGCGCCCGUGCCAGAGUGACCUUUCCAUACCCGUGACAUUAUUAUUAUUAUUAUUAUUAUUAUUAUUAUUAUUAUUAUUAUUAUUAUUAUUAUUAUUAUUAUUAUUAUUAUUAUUAUUAUUAUUAUCCAUAGGAAAGUAGAGAGCGAGCAAUUUUAGAGAAAGGAAGUUCAAGCGAGCCAGGUGACGAUUAUUGUUGCGUGACCCGCUUUCGCAUUAGAGUGCAAUACACUUAACACACAUUUGCACAUUUAACACAUAAUAUUCGCUUUAUAAAAACAAGAAAAAAGUGCUAUUAUACCGUUAAAACUUCAUUAAUAUUAUUCAUUCCACCUCAAGGGCCCACGGUGAACUGCAUAAUUACAUUAUACAUAAUCAAGCACAUUGGCCUCCGGCCUCGAUGCUUAUAUAUGCUUUCGACUUCCUGACGAAUAAGCUGCUUUCUUAAACAGCCUUACUUCAGCCAUUCCUGCAGUGAGUGCCACGACCAUUGUUCUGUCGACAAAAUCAAGGGUGUCAAUUCAAUGAGACAGCAUGCCAACCUAGUCAAGAUGUUUAGAACUGUUUUAUGUAUCUAGGCGCAUACCAGCAUACUCGUUUUCUUCCGUUUUAUUAUUAUUGUUUUGUACACGAAACCUUUGUAAAGCGCUGACGAUGGCAAUGAAUGAUAGUGUUUAGUUAUCGGCACGCUUUAUAGGGAGUUGUAUAUGCAUUCUAGUCCCGCUUCGACGCUUCGUGGUGAGGCGUCUGCAUCGAUGUUACAUAGUUUCAGCACGUCCGUACUAAAUGUUACCGUUUGGAGGCUAACGGAAGAAAAAUCGUGGAUGUGAACAAAGGCACUGGUAGCGCCAUCUUGUGAGGCUCAGCGCAAGGAAAGCGCAAAUAGGCAAUGACAGGAUCUGUGUUCCCUAUCAUACGUGGGAAGAACACAUCGACGUAUCUGAAGAGGUUACACGCGAGCAGUCAUGAAUGUAAGUGGAUCUCUUAUUUCGAUAAGACCAGCGUAAAACAGAAAUUAAGUGCGUCUCUCUCAUUCUUUCAUACAAGAAACUGUCACAAGAUGUCGCCACCUACUGCCUUUCACUUCAACGGUAAACCGUAAUCCUUAAACCUCGUAUUGACGUU